CUUGAGCGGCGGAAGCAGCUGGCUAGCGGGGGGACGAAGGGAGGGGGAGAGUUGUGAAGAUGGCGGCAGUGGUGGAGGUGGAGGUUGGAGGAGGUGCUGCCGGGGAACGGGAGCUAGAUGAGGUUGAUAUGUCAGACCUCUCCCCAGAGGAGCAAUGGAGGGUUGAACACGCACGCAUGCAUGCCAAGCACCGCGGCCACGAAGCCAUGCACGCUGAAAUGGUCCUCAUCCUCAUCGCUACUUUGGUGGUGGCCCAGCUACUCCUGGUGCAGUGGAAACAGAGGCACCCCCGCUCCUACAAUAUGGUGACCCUCUUUCAGAUGUGGGUUGUUCCCCUCUAUUUCACAGUGAAGCUGCACUGGUGGAGGUUCCUAGUGAUCUGGAUCUUCUUCUCUGCUGUCACAGCUUUUGUCACCUUCCGAGCCACGCGAAAACCACUAGUACAGACAACCCCAAGGUUGGUUUAUAAGUGGUUCCUGUUGAUCUAUAAAAUCAGCUAUGCCACUGGCAUUGUUGGCUACAUGGCUGUCAUGUUUACCCUCUUUGGUCUCAAUUUAUUAUUCAAGAUCAAACCAGAAGAUGCCAUGGACUUUGGUAUUUCUCUCCUCUUCUAUGGCCUCUACUAUGGGGUUCUUGAGCGAGACUUUGCAGAAAUGUGUGCAGACUACAUGGCGUCUACCAUAGGGUUCUACAGCGAGUCGGGCAUGCCUACCAAACACCUCUCGGACAGUGUGUGUGCCGUGUGUGGGCAGCAGAUCUUUGUGGAUGUCAGUGAAGAGGGCAUCAUCGAGAACACAUAUAGGCUAUCUUGCAAUCACGUAUUCCACGAGUUCUGCAUCCGCGGCUGGUGCAUUGUGGGAAAGAAGCAGACGUGUCCCUACUGCAAAGAGAAGGUAGACCUCAAAAGGAUGUUCAGCAACCCCUGGGAGAGGCCUCACGUCAUGUACGGGCAACUGCUGGAUUGGCUUCGAUACUUGGUAGCCUGGCAGCCUGUCAUCAUUGGCCUGGUACAAGGCAUCAACUACAUCCUGGGCCUGGAAUAGUCAGGAAGAAGAGCAUCCACCCACUAUGGACCUCAGGGCACUCUCCUGCCUGCCUUCCAAGACCUCCUGGGUGGGAAAGACUCAAAAGGGGCACUUGGGCCACUCAGGAACCUUCUGGCUGUGCCCGGGCUGGGGAGGGAGUUGAUGGAGAGCCAGCCAGUGGGGCUGUCAGCAGUGGGAGCUUUUUAAAAGAAAACUAUUUUGAUGAAUAUAUUUAAAAACCUUUUUUAUUGUGGAGCA